AUGACGGGUGGUGGAUGUGCGUCCUCUAGGGCCUCGUCGGCCAGAGAAGGAGGGGAGGAGCGGUUGCCGACGAGCGAGGUGGCUCUGUUUGGACCGGCCAUGCCGCCGCCUCCUCCUCCCUCCCACCGCAACCGCCUCCCCACUCCCCUCUCGUCCGCCCCGGGUGCGGAGGCGAGCUUCCCGGCGACGGUGGCGCCGGCUCGAGGCGGGGGAGCGGCCGAUGCGGGGUCGGUUGGAUCGAGGCGUGGGAGCGGCGGAUGCGGCGGCGGCGGCACGAGAAGAGCAACGGCGGCGGCAUCGACCUAUGAAGAGGCGAGAGGAGCGGUGGUGGCGGCGUUGAGAUGUGAAGAGGCGCCGCUCGGGCGCGAGACCACGGAGGCGGGAGCGGCUGUUUCGGGCCCCGAUCCGAGAGGGUACGAGGCAGGGAAGGACGACAUCGUCGCCGUCACAGGUCUUCCUUCAGUCCCUUUCGUUCCCUCUCCGGUUCAUCCUCUUCCCAUCCCUCGUAUUAGCUGCAAAAAUUCUAAAAAGAUGCGCCUAAUGACGGGUGGCGGAUGUGCGUCCUCUAUGGCCUCGUCGGCCAGAGAAGGAGGGGAGGAGCGGUUGCCGACGAGCGAGGUGGCUCUGUUUGGACUGGCCAUGGUGUUGGCUGUUGACUCCCACCGGUCUUGUGUCCCCCAACCCUUCCAUGGAGCUCGCUUAGCCACCGGCCGACACAUCUUCUUCUCGCUCACAGCAGCAAGGCCAUGUAGCUUACAUUUUAACUGUUAUUGCUGAUUGGAGCCAUUGCUAUUGGCUAUUUAUACAUAAGAUGGAAGGUGAAUUGAGAUUUUUGUGAGGGGAUUGGAUUUUAUCCAGAUGGCUUGCUUCUCGUGAUGAGACUGAUACUAAUGAACUAAUGAAGACAUGAAGGUUGGUUAGGAAACUGAAGCUGCAGCUACUGAAGAGCCAAAGAACAUUCUUGUUGAACAGUCUAAAGCCAAGAGGUAAAGACUCAUAGUCUGUUACAUCCAACCAGUUCAACGUAAGAUAUGGCGUGCCGCCUCUUGUUCUUCCUUUACCUUGUCUUAUUUGACAACCAAAGCAUCCUUCUCUGUGGCUCUCAAAAAUGCUUUCUUCUUCACACGAUGCAUGUUAUGCCAUUUGAUCAAACUACUUUUCUGCCACAGCUAUAUUCAAAUGGAUCAUAGGCCCAAUAAAACAUCAUUUUACUUCAAAAUCUAAUAUACGUUUUAUUUAUUUUCCUGUUGCAUAUACAAGCAACUCUUCUUGUUGCAUCAAAAGUAACUUGCUUCGUACAUGCAAACUAAUUAGCCAUAUAGUUAAAUUAGCUACGUAUUAAGAUUCGGUACAUCUACUGCUUAUUUAUGUUGUGUUCUAUUUGCUGUGUCCAAUCUUUAUGCGCUUGUUAUUUUUAUCACACUGUAAUCAAGCUUCUGUUGUUAUAGCAAUAUGAAAUCCUAUGCAUCAAGCUUCUGUUCUUAUAGCAAUUACAGUUUUGAUACCUCUGUUUCUUUAUAUCAUCUUGUUGGGUUUCUGUUUCUCUUCAUAUAGGAUACAGAUAUGUGAUUCUCAUGUGGUCCUUUCGCUGGAAACUUGCUAAUCUUAGGGGUGCUGCUACUGGUGUAAAAACCGUUUUAUCAAAAGAACUAAAGUAGUAGCUAAUCCAAGCAUUGCAGAAUUGACGCAGAGGUUACGCUAUAUUGGCAUGAAGUCAGAGCAGCGCGUGAAGACUACAUAAGAUAGUUUCUGGUGACCUUCAGUCUAUAUGUCCUAACCAACAGCAGCCACCUUUUAUUUCGUAUCAAUCGAUCCAGUAUCUUUUCCCUUUUGGCGUCUCUGAGCAAGAUAUGUAUAGCCUUUAGAUUUCCGUUCGUGUAUGAUACUACAUGUACACUUUAGACCUCAUUACUGUCUCUGUGGUCAAAAGAAGUUUGUGAUCACUUGUUCUAUAUAUGUAAUCAACUGCCCUUCUACUAAUAUUUUCAGAAGACUAUUUAUGUA